AUGUUUCCCACACUCGUGGCGCUGGACCACGCGGUGCGAGACGUCGCUGCCUUUGUGCAGCAGCGGCAGGGCCCGUCCGUGACGACGACGCUGACGCUAACGCCGACCGUGGCUCCCGCUCUCGUCGCGCGCCUUCUUAACGGCAUUGAGGAGGCCUUUGCGCCCGACCCGAUGGUUAAUGCCGCGGCGUUUUUUGAGGGCGUUGCGAUGCCGCUGCUGCACCGUCUUCCACGGCGGCACAAGACACACUUUCCAAUGGAGGAGACGCUGCGGGGACAGCACCCAGACGCCGCUCACGCAUUUCGCUGUUGGGUGGUGCACAGCCUCAACACGGUGGAUGCCCUAUACGAGGCGGCGGCACUGCUGCUCGUGGGGCUUAUCGUCAGGGACACCGCCGCAACUGCUGUGGGGCAACAAAGCACGGUUGUCGGUGCUAGUACUGGUAGUGCAGAAGAGAAAGUGGAGGAAGAUGCCUCACAGUUUAGGACAGAGCGGUUGCAACGGCUGCAGGAGUGUUUGGGGCCCCACGCAACCCUCCUUAAUGCGGGUUAUGUAACGCAGCUGCUGUUACUGCUGCCAAAGAUGUGGCAUCCACUUCACCAGGGCGGCGGCGCUGCCGUGGACGGGAGAGGUAUGAUGGUGCAGUACUGCCUGUCCUUAGCCGAAGCGUUGCCGCUAUUCCGUGAGGCGCCGCGGCCAGUGCAUGUGGAGCGACUGCGGCUACACCAGCGACGAAGGAAGAGACGAUGUGUGUCGUCUGCUGCUCCUGCUCCUGCUCCUGCUCCAGCAGCGGCGGCAGCGGGGCUCAUGAGUGAGGGAUAUUCAUCGCAGUCAACCAGGAGGGCGGCAUCGACGAUCCGCGUAUCAGGGAGCAAAAGCGCGGAAGAACAUGAGGCGUCGGAUGCCGUGCUGCCGUUGUCGUCAUGUCUGAAGGACAUCAUGCGCCCGCAAGCCGGUAGUGAGGGUCACGCGGGGGUGGAUAGGCCUCAGCGCCGCUGCGCGAGAGGCAGUAGGAGGAACUGUCACUGGGACGGGAAGGAGGUAGGGGAGUAUUGCUACGUGGCUGACGCAGCCACACAGACGCCACUCCGCGACGCGCACGGUAAUUGCCAUGAAGUGAAAGCUGGUGAUCACGACGAUAUUGAGAACGAUAAUGCUGCGGCAACGACAACGCCGCAAUCAAAACCCCCUUUACUAGAGUGUGUGAGGACAAAGUGUGACAAACUUUAUUCUCAAAGCGUCGGCACAAAUACGUCGCACCCCUCCUCCUUCAUGACAUUUGUGGAGAUGCUGGAUGCGCAGGAGCAACUUGAGCGCGCCCGCAAGACCCUACAGCGUAAGGAAGAAAGUCUACAACUGCGUGAGUGUGGCCUGGUGGAGUUGGAGGAUGACUACAAGGAGAAGCUGGAUAUGCUAAUUCAUGUGCUUCAUGGUGCGAGGGAACUAUACAACGACCUUGUCAUGGGUCCUAUGGGAAGAGGUGGUGGAGCGACAUGUGAAGCGGGUAAUCUCACGGCCACAACGGUGCAGUUCCGCCUGCUCAACCUUGUUGAGGUUAUCUACGGCACACCAGGUGGCGAAGCGGGGGAUGAAGCCUCAGUGGCGGCAGUUGAGAACAAGAGGACGAUUUCAUCGGAGCCUAUCCCAGACACACCUGCCUCACGCGCUGCCGCUAAGAUGGUAAUUGUUCAGCACCAUGAGCGCCGACGGAAGCAGCUGCUGGAGGAACGCUGCCGUCUUGCCUGUACAGCGCCCGCGGAGGCCCCUGCUGAGGCUGCAGAGGCUCCUACUCCGCUUUCGCACGCGCUUGCGGAGGUCCCGCGUCCACUGCAGCUACGGCAGCAGGCAUAUCUCUGCCCUGGUUGUGGCACUGUCUUGGGUGAGAGCACUUCUUUUUUUUUUAGGCAGUGUAGGCCACGUCGAUGUCACUACUGUACACAGAUUUACUGUCAUGAGUGUCAUGUGAACCAAAAGGCGAUUUUGCCGUUUCUCGUCUUAACGUCGUGGAACUUCACGCCUCGAAAUGUCUGCAAACGUGACUAUGGGUGGCUGCAGCAGAACUGGGGCGAACCGUGGUACACAAUAGGGGACCGUGAGACGCAGGUGGAGCAGCGGCGGUGUUGUCGUGUUGUCGCGUUGCGGGAUUCUGUGCGACUCGCAAAGGUACUUCGCCACUGGCUUCUACUGUGUGCGCGGAUGGUACGGGGCUGCCCGGGGCCUUUCCCCGAGAAGGUGGUGGCGUCGCUGCAAAGCUACCACUCGGAGACAGAUGUCAUGUACUCCCUCAGUGACUUGAGCGGGAUAAGGUACAGCGAGGAGGCUGGUGUCGCGGCGCGGGUGCUGCGUUGCGAACCUACGUCUCUGGUGGCGACAACCGUAGGGAGCGUCGUGAGUGCCGUAUCUUCGUCUUCCGUGGCGCUUGGACGCUUCGUGGCGGCACGGAGUUCUGCGCGGAGCAAUGGCGGCGUCGCAGAGGUGGUAGCAACGGCAACGAAGCGUCAUGACGACUCAGCGCCGUGUGUGAACGGCGGCGCAGCACACGUGUCAACAGCGUCCGUUGCAAGCGACGUGAGCGUGGGUCAUUCCUUUUCUACUUUCGUGUCGACAGCCACGUCGCGGGAAGGCGAGAAGCAGGACUUUCUGGACUACCUGGUGGCACAGAUCCGGGUAUUGGAGCAGCAUCUGCACCGAGACUGCCCUAUCUGCGUGGCACGAGCGACGACGGUGUGUGAGUUGUGUGGUGCCCGUGACGCGCGAGCGCGGCUGCCACUUGUUGACGCGGAGGUGUUUGGCGUGCGGCUGCUCGAGAAGACGGGGCCGCUAGUCGAGGAGGAUACGCAGCUCGUGCGGCUGGCGUGUGUGGCGAUGCAACUUGUGCGCGGCGAUGGCGCAGCGGAGAACGUCGUCGUGGCCUGUAAGAGGUGCAGCACACGAUACCAUAAGGCAUGCCUGGGACGGAGCCAUUGCCCGCAUUGCAGUUGA